UACACGUGCAACGUUUAGUGCUUGAUAUACACAUAUAUGUUUGAAUUUAAGAAACAUUUUAUUUUAUUUUAUAUACAGAAAGUAUAUUUUGCAUAAUAUAAAUAAUCAUCAUGUUAAAAACGAAAGUUUUCUUUAGAAAAACUAAGGGAGGAAAGGUUUUUAAGACAGUUAGAGAACAUUAUCUCAGAGAUGAUAUUCACUGUGGUUCUAAAGCAUGUGAUAAAUGCUUGUACAGAAACCGGAAUAUAAUUUUAGAUGAUGAAGAUUCAGGUGUAAAAAGCUCAAAACUAUUGUAUCCAUAUUACCUUCUGCUUGAUACUAACAUUAUUUUAGAUCAGAUUGAUGUUUUGGAAGAAGAUGUUAUCUGUAAUGUAAUAAUAUUACAAACAGUGUUAGAAGAAAUAAAACACAGAAGUUCUACUGUAUAUAAAAAAUUGAAGGAUGUAAUUGCUAAUACGCGUAGAAAAUUUUAUGUAUUUGUUAAUGAACAUCAUAAAGAAACUUACAUUGAACGCAAUCCAGGUGAAAGUGCAAAUGACAGAAAUGACAGAGCAAUCAGAGUUGCAGCAAAAUGGUACAACAUGCAUUUAAGUUCUCUUGGUUGCAAAAUGAAAACUGUGUUAUUAACUGAUGAUGUUCGUAAUAGAGAGCUGGCAAUUGCAGAAGGAAUUCCUGUUCUUUCGAUGGAGGACUAUGUUACUUCAUUGGAAAAUUCUGGAUUUCUGGCAGAUAAAUUAUGUAAAAAGAGUUACGGCACAGAUUCCGAUGGUCAAACAGUUUUUCCAUGUCACCUUACACCAUCUGAAUUACACGAAGGUAUAAAAAAUGGCAAACUUCUACAAGGAACAUUUGCCAUAUCAAGAGAAAAUUUCCUUGAAGGAUUCGUUAAAGUUGAAAGGGCCGAGAAAGAGAUUUUUAUCCAAGGUCGUAGUAACCUUAAUAGAGCAGUUGAUGGUGAUACAGUUGCAUUAGAACUCUUAGCAGAGGAUCAGUGGUCAUCUCCCAGUGACAUUGUCUUACAAGAUGAAGAAGCAGAUGUUGAUGAUGUGAUAGAAACUGAGAAAGUAUUAGAUAAAAUUAUUUCUUCAAACAAAAUGCAAAAGACACCAACUGGGAAGAUUGUUGGUAUUAUUAGGAGAAAUUGGAGGCAAUAUUGUGGGAUACUUCAGCCUAGUAAUAUAGAAGGGAAUGUGAGACAUUUGUUUGUGCCAGCUGAACGAAAAAUACCUAAAAUAAGAAUUGAAACUAGACAAUACUCAGUGUUAAGUAAACAAAGGAUUAUCGUUGCCAUUGAUUCUUGGCCGCGUAAUUCAAGAUAUCCUCUUGGUCAUUUUGUACGUGCAUUGGGUGAAAUAGGAGAUAAAGCGACCGAAAACAAAGUAAUACUUUUAGAGCACGAUGUUCCGCAUAGUAGAUUCUCCGAUGCAGUUCUUAGUUCACUUCCGAAGAUGCCAUGGCGCAUCACAGAUGCUGAUUUAGUACAAAGAGAAGAUCUUAGACACCUGGAUAUAUGUUCAGUUGAUCCACCAGGAUGUACAGAUAUUGAUGAUGCGCUUCAUUGUAGAGAACUACCAAAUGGUAAUCUUGAAGUAGGUGUACAUAUUGCGGACGUAACGCACUUUAUUAGACCUGGAACUGCAUUAGAUAAAGAGGCAGCUUUACGAGCUACGACCGUGUAUUUGGUUGACACAAGGAUUCAAAUGAUUCCAGAACUACUCAGUACAAAUCUCUGUUCUUUGAGGGGAAAUGAAGAAAGAUUAGCAUUUUCCUGUAUAUGGGAAAUGGACAAAGAUGCGAAUGUAAUUAAUACUAGACAUUGUAAAUCUAUAAUUCGUUCGCGAGCAGCAAUGACUUACGACGAGGCUCAAUUGAAAAUCGACGAUGCUACUCAGCAAGAGACAGUUGCAACAUCAUUGAGGAAUCUUAAUAGUUUAGCAAAGAAGUUAAAAAAGAGACGUUUAGAAAAUGGUGCACUAGUAUUGGCAUCUCCUGAAAUUCGGUUCGAAGUGGAUUCUGAAACUCACGAUCCCAUUGAUGUGGAAGCUAAAAAAUUGCGAGAAACUAAUUCCAUGGUUGAAGAAUUUAUGUUGCUAGCAAAUAUUUCAGUUGCUAAAAAGAUUGUAGAAGAAUUUCCAGAAUGUGCAGUAUUAAGAAGACAUCCUGAACCACCGCUUGCCAAUUUUGAACCGCUUAUAAAAGCUGGAAAGAAUCAGGGUUUUGUUAUAAACACUAACAGUGGCAAAGAAUUGGCAGAAUCUUUAGACAGAUGUCAUAAAGAAAACAAUCCUUAUUUUAACACUAUGUUGAGAAUACUCGCUACACGUUGUAUGAUGCAAGCUGUGUAUUUCAUUAGUGGAAUGCAUCAACCAAGUGAAUACUUUCAUUAUGGUUUAGCAUGCCCCAUUUAUACUCACUUUACAUCACCUAUUCGAAGGUAUGCGGAUGUAAUGGUACAUCGUUUAUUAGCAGUUUGCAUUGGAGCCGAUGCAACAUAUCCUGAUUUAUUGGACAAGAAGAAAAAUCAUGCGUUAUGUCAUAAUCUAAAUUAUCGUAAUAGAAUGGCACAGUAUGCUGGACGAGCGUCUGUUGCACUUAACACACAUUUGUUCUUUAGAGGAAAAAUUCAGGAUGAAGAAGGGUACAUACUAUUUGUGCGAAAAAAUGCCUUACAAAUAUUAAUUCCAAAGUAUGGUCUAGAGGGAACUUUGUAUUUGAACGAAAACAAAGCAAACUCUAUAACAUUUAAAUACAACAACGAGGAUCAUUCACAAACUUGUGGAAAUGUUAUGUUCCGUACUUUUGAUCCUGUUAUAGUGCAAAUAAGUUUGGACAGAUCCAAUGUACAGCAUGAGAAAUUAGUAUUUAAACUGGUGAAACCAUAUAUUGCAGGUUUCAGUGUACCUUCAAUAAACACAGAAUGUUCAUCAGUUGUAUUAGUACAAAAUCCAAAAGAGGUACCAAAAAGAAAGAUGGACGUAGAAAAAACCUCAGAUAAGAACACUAAAAGUGGAGGAAGUAAAAAGAAAAGGAAGAAUAAGAAGCAUCAGUAGUACUAUGUACUAUUGUUUGCUGUGAAAACUUCUAUUUAUGACUAUUUUUUGUACAUUGAAAACACAUUGAGAUAACAUUGCUAAGUAAUUCAUGUUCAUAUCAUUUUAUUUGUGUACGCUAAAAAAUAGGGAAAAACAAAACAUGUAAGCGUUUUUAUGAUUAUAGUGCACAGAAUUUACCAGAAAAAUAUCUGCAGAAACUAGGGACUAAACUACAACAGUGAAAUAAUAAAAAUGUAAAAAAUAACAUUUGGUUUGUACAAAAUUAAACCAGACUUCUUGAUGGUAUGUACUUAUAUCAUUUUUUACUGAAAUGAUUUAACAUAACAAUUAUAUUUGAACAGAAGAAUAAAUAAAGUACUAUAUUAUUAUUUAUUGUAAUACAAAUACCGGUUACAAUAAAAACGUAAAUAUGUGUAUAUGUAACAA